GUUCCGUGGAUGGCGAUAUCGGGGCCUGUACUAAGCCUUAAUAAAUAGGACGAACCAUCUGGCUCCACUCCUCUCAUUCUUCUCAUUCAGUUAAUGCGUGAAUGACUCUACUAUAGUUCUACUAUAGACUCGGAGAUUUAACCCACCCUACCUGGUGGCCGAUCUUGAAUCACUCAACUAGUCCUUCAACGGGAAUCUCUCGUCAUUCCCCGUUUGUCUGAAAACAAACGAUUAAGAUCCGAUCUACCCAGCCAGGCCCCACCGCCCCUUCCCCGAGACCUUGGACUUUGCCCCUCCGCUUUCCAUCUUCGAUUCUGUUGGCUUCGUCAUUAACGGCCUCCUUUGCUCUCCUCGACUCACCACUCCUACCUCCCAUCACCAUGUCCGUUCUCACCACCCUGGCCCCCGUUCCCGCGGACGAGAUCUUUGCGUUGAACCGCGCAUAUGUCAAUGACUCACACCCGCAAAAGGUCAACUUGGGGGUGGGUGUCUACCGGACGGAUGAGGGCAAGCCGUGGCCGCUCCCUGUCGUGCGCGCGGCGGAGAAGAAGCUCCUCGCCGAAGACAACCUCAUGCGACACGAGUACACCGCCAUUGAAGGCGACAUUCCCUUCCUGGAGCUGGCCCGGGACCUGAUGUUCGGUCUGGACUCCAAGGACACAUCCGAGAAGACAAAGGCCAUCAAGGCCCGCGUUGGCUCCGUCCAAAGUGUGGCCGGCACCGGCGCCAACCACCUGGGUGCUCUCUUCCUGGCCCACCAGAUGAAGCCCAAGAACGUUUGGCUCUCCAACCCGUCGUGGGCCAACCACCUGACCAUCUGGGACCUGGUCGGUGUGCCCCGCAAGAGCUACCCUUACUACGAGCCUACGACCCGCUCCUUCGACUUCGACGGCAUGAUGUCCACCCUAGAAGCCGAAGCCCAGCAGGGCGACGUGAUCCUGCUGCACGCCUGCGCGCACAACCCCACAGGCCUUGACCCCAGCAAAGAGCAAUGGAAGGCCAUCGCCGAGCUGUGCGAGCGCAAGAAGAUCUUCCCCUUCUUCGACUCCGCCUACCAAGGGUUCGCAUCCGGCUCCGCCAGCGAAGACGCCUGGGCCGUGCGCUACUUCCUCAACGAGAAGCCCAACCUGGAGAUGUGCGUGGCACAGAGUUUCUCCAAGAACUUCGGCCUGUACGGCCAGCGUGUCGGCGCCUUCCACUACGUGCUCCCCGCCGGCUCCGAGAAACUCCGCGACACCGUCGUCAACAACCUCUGUCACCUGAUCCGCGGCGAAUACUCGAUGGGUCCCACCGGCGGCUGCAGCAUCGUCAAGUGCGUGCUCACCAACGACGAGCUCACCGCGCAGUGGCACGACGACCUCACGGUCAUGAGCUCGCGCAUUAAGUCCAUGCGCAAGGUGCUGUACGACGAACUCACCCGUCUCCAAACCCCGGGGACGUGGCGCCACAUUGUGGAGCAGAACGGAAUGUUCUCCUACACCGGCCUGACCCCGUCUCAAGUCUAUGCCUUGAAGGACAAAUACCACGUCUACCUUCUCAAGUCCGGCCGAGCGUCCAUCAGCGGCUUGGCCGAAAAUAACGUCACCUACGUCGCCCAGGCCAUCGACAAUGUAGUGCGCAACGUCAACUAAGUUUGCAACGAGUGACGGCGAGACUUGUCACGACCGACCUACUGAUAUCUAACGAUGUGAGAGCAUGUAGUGGAACGGAAAACGAAUUUUGCAUUUGGUUUUGCAUUGUUUCAUUUUUGUUUGGUUUUCCUACUUUUGAGUACAUACAAGAUAGAUCUAAAGAGAGAUGAAUUUACAGACAAUACUGUCGACUUAAG